AUGGCUUGCUGUAUCGCCCGCUGCUGCAGCGUCCCCACCGGCCCUGCCACCACCAUCUGCUCCUCAGACAAGUCCUGCCGCUGUGGAGUCUGCCUGCCCAGCACCUGCCCACACGAGCUCAACCUCCUGCAGCCCAUCUGCUGCGACCCCUGCCCUCCACCCUGCUGUCAGCCUGAGACCUAUGUGCCAACUUGCUGGCUGCUCAACUCCUGCCACCCAACUCCUGGGCUGAGCGGGAUCAACCUGAUGACCUACGUUCAGUGUGGCUGCGAAAGCCCCUGUGAGCCCUGCUAAGCAGCCAAGUCUUCCACAGAUGCAGUGACAUCGCUGCUCGGAGGCCUCCACGGCAGCUGGCCUUCCACCCUUGCUACU